CUUGUGCCGAGGAAAUCGUACAUCACAUUUGUUCCAUAAUAUAGACUUGAAAGUUUUGAAGUAGUUUGAGAUGGGAAAUGCUUGUGCUGGAAACGCUUCAAAGUCUGGAUUCUUAACAUUCUCAUGGUUCUCAAAAUCAGCCAAUGUGCCAAAGGAUGAUAGGAAAGAAUCAAGCAAGAGUGGUGAGAAAGAAGAAUCGAGCAAGGAUAGUAAGAAAGAAGAAUCUAGCAAGGAUGUUAAGAAAGAACAUAGCAAUGGAGAUGGGGUGGAGUGUAAAGAAACAGCAGUUGUUGCUCCUCAUGAGAAGCCCCCAGAACCAAUGAAAAUGGCAAGGGAAGAGGCAGUAAAAAAGGAGCAGCCAACAAAACCUGUUGAGGAGGCCAAAGUAAAAUUGGAGCCAAAGCGGCUGCCUACAAGACUCAGUUCUAAACUAGCAUCACGAUCCACAAGAUUGAAUGAAGAGAAUAAGCCCUCAGAGCCUGAAAGACCAGCAUCACAAUCCUCUAGAUUCAAUGAACCGAAUAAGUCAUCAGAACCUGAAAAACCUAAGAAGCCCAAACAUGGGAAGAGGUCAUCAUGUGCAGGGUUGCAGGUGGAGUUGAUUUUACAAACAAAAACUGGUCAUUUGAAGGAAUACUAUGAGUUGGGGAAGAAGCUAGGACAUGGACAGUUUGGAACAACUUUUCUUUGUGUGGAAAAAGUAACUGGAAAGGAAUAUGCUUGCAAAUCCAUCAUGAAGAGGAAACUGAUAACAGAAGAUGAUGUUGAUGAUAUUAUCCUAUAUUCUUUUCUCCUUGAUGUUAAAUUGAGAAGCAGUCUCAAGUUGGAUAUCAUGGUGCAAGAGUUGAGCUUAGCAUUAUGUUCUUGUGGCUAUAAUGCGAGGGAUGUCUUCAAUGACGUGGUUGGCAGCCCAUAUUAUAUCGCACCUGAGGUUUUGAAAAAGCGGUAUGGUCCAGAAGCAGAUGUGUGGAGUGCUGGAGUGAUUCUUUACAUUCUCCUAAGUGGGGUACCUCCAUUUUGGGGUGAAACUGAAAAAGAGAUAUUUGAUGGGGUUUUGCGUGGUCAUCUUGACUUUAAAUCUGAUCCAUGGCCUAAGAUAUCUGAAAGUGCCAAAGAUUUAGUCAAGAAGAUGCUUGUUAGAGACCCUAAAAAGCGGAUAAGUGUGCAUGAAGUUUUAUGCCAUCCUUGGGUCCAAGUAGAUGGGGUUGCUCCAGACAAGCCUCUUGAUUCUAUAGUCUUAAGUCGCUUGAAGCAGUUUUCUGCAAUGAACAAGCUUAAGAAAAUGGCUCUCAGAGUCAUUGCUCAGAGACUUUCUGAAGAAGAAAUUGCUGGUUUGAAAGAAAUGUUCAAGAUGAUUGACACAGACAAUAGUGGUCAAAUCACCUUCGAAGAACUCAAAGAGGGACUGAAAAGAUUUGGCGCUGAUCUCCAUGAAACAGAAUUUCAUGAUCUAAUGCAGGCUGCAGAUGUUGAUAAAAGUGGUACGAUUGAUUAUGAGGAGUUCGUAGCAGCAACAUUGCAUCUAAACAAAGUUGAGAGAGAAGAACAUCUGUUUGCAGCAUUCUCAUAUUUUGACAAAGAUGGCAGUGGCUACAUCACCCAAGAUGAGCUUCAACAAGCCUGCAAGGAAUUCGGAAUAGAGGAUGUCCAGCUGGAAGAAAUGAUCCAAGAUGCUGAUCAGGAUAAUGAUGGCCGGAUAGACUACAAUGAGUUUGUGGCAAUGAUGCAGGAAGGAAACGCAGAAUGGGGGAAAAAGGAAUUGCAAAGUACAAAUUUUGGCAUUGGAUUUAGGGAGGCAUCACCAGUUAGUUGACAUGGUAGUAUGAUCAAGCUUUUUCUUUCUUCUUCUCUUCUUCUUCGACUAGUGCUAAAACUCUUGAAGGUAUAGGUAGAUACUAGACACAGGUCUGCUUGGUUAUUUUUGUGCAUGAAGAGAUACAUUCUUUCUUGUUUUCACAUUGAAGGGUACACAUUGACAUUGACACCACAUAUAUAUAAAUACAUGAUUGUUUGUGUGCUUCAAUAAAUUGUACUCAUGCAU